AUGGCGGCCGCAGCGGGAGCCCGGCCCGGCGCUUCGCCCCGCUCGGCCGCGGCGCUCGCCCGUCUAAGUCCCGCUCGGCUCGGCUUCGUUCGGCCCGGCUGGGCCCGGCUCCGCUCGCGAGCCCACAGCCUCUGCUCCGCGGGGCUGGGCCGUCCUCGCUGGUUUCCGCCUUUCGGCUCCGCUCCGCUCAGGGCACUCGGCCGAGGCGAGGCGGAGCGAGGGGCGGGGCGGCCUGACGGAAGGGCGAGCAGCGGGGCGCGGCGGGGCCCGCGGCUGGCCUGUCACAGUCUUAGAGGAGGGCGCGGGCUGUGGCACUUACACACCCGCGGCUGCGUGAGGACGUUACUCGGGCGCGCCGCCACCCUUCGGCCCCGAGCGCCGAGCCCCGGCGCGGCGAGGGCGGAGCUCCCGGAAGGGCUCCCGCCUCUGCCCCGCCCCUUCCGCCGGUCCGCGGCUCGGGUGGCGCCGCUUCCCCAGCGUCUGCGUUCCGGGCUCCGGGCUCCGGGCGCCCGCCCCGCCCCUCGGCGGCCACCGCCGCCUCCCCAGCCCGGCGCCAUGGCCACUGCGGCCGAGGACGGCGCGGUGAAGCCGCUGCAGUGCGCCAUGAAGCUGGCCAACGGAGCCAUCGAGCUGGACACCGGCAACCAGCCCCGGGAGGCAUAUACUGAAUACCUGAGGAGCAUCCAUUAUAUCUCCCAGGUCCUGCUGGAAGAAGUGGAAGCCGCCAAAGAAGCUGGGGAGACUGUGCCCCCAGACACCUCAAAGAUGCUGAAGCUGGCCGAGCAGUGUCUGGAGAGAGCCCAGUCAACAGCUGCCAAGCUUGGGAGAACACGGCUGAAGCCAGCCAUGCCCUUGGCCGCUCCUGUCCCCUCACCUACCAGCCGACAUCGCCGGGUGUACUCAGAUGAAGGGGGGAAGCUCUCUCCAUUUCUGCCACCUGAGAUCUUCCAGAAGCUUCAGGUGGCGGAGUCACAAAGCUCUAAGAAGGAGCUGACACCCCUGGAGGAGGCCUCCCUGCAGAAUCAGAAGCUGAAGGCCGCCUACGAGGCCCGGAUGGCCCGUCUGGACCCCAGCCAGGCCACACAGAAGACAUCCUUGAGCCUGUCUCUGCAGCGGCAGAUGAUGGAGAACCUGGUGAUCGCCAAGGCCCGGGAGCAGACCCUGCAGAGGAAGAUGGGGGAGCGCCGGCUGCGGCUCCAGGAGGCCGCCAACAGGAGGUUCUGCAGUCAGGUGGCCCUGACCCCAGAGGAGCAGGAACAGCGGGCCCUGUAUGCCGCCAUUCUUGAGUACGAGCAAGACCACGACUGGCCAAAGCACUGGAAGGCCAAGCUCAAGAAGAGCCCUGGGGACCUGUCCCUGGUGACCAGCCUGGUCUCCCACCUGCUCAGCGUCCCCGACCACCCCAUCUCGCAGCUCCUGAAGAAGCUCCAGUGUGCAGUGUACCGGGCACUGUACCCCAUUGUGAGCAGGGGCGCCAACGAGCUGCUGGGUCCUGGGAGCCGGCGGCUCCGGCCUUCACAGAGCCUCUACUGCGUGCUCUCCACGCCAGAGCCCAGCCUGGCCCCGCAGCCCCUGGAUGGCCUUGCAGCUGGCGUGCCCCCAUCCCAGCCCAGACCUCCUGACGGAGGAGUGGACAGCAGCCCUCUGGGCCCUCCCUCACCUCUAGCACACACCACGUCCCACUCCCUGGGCAAGGACAGCUCCUUUGAGGACCUGGAACAGUUCUUGGCUACUUCUGAGAGGUCGGGCCGGAACCUAGGGGGGCGGCCUGAGCCCCAGUUCCCAGAAGUGAAGGAGCAGUCGCUGGACCAGCUGACGAGCACUGUGAAAGACAUCCACAAUGCCGUUGGUUGGGGCCCAUGGCAGCAGAUGGCUUCAAGUCCCUUCCAAGGAGGAGAGCUUUCAGGGUUAUCCCGAAGCAGGGACACAGACUCUCUUUGGAGUCCAUGCUCUCCAACAGACCCCCUGAGCUACCCCUUCGCUUGCUCUGGCAGGCUGCUCUCGCUGACCCUCCUGGCUUUUGAAGGCCUGAACACGGCCUCCUCCAAGGACCGCUGCUUGGCCUGCAUUGAGGAGCCCUUCUUCUCCCCUCUGUGGCCCCUGUUGCUGGCCCUCUACAGGAGCGUGCACCGCCUCCGGGAGGCCGCCCUGAGCAGGAGCAUGGAGCUGUACAGGAACGCACCCCCAGCAGCCAUCGGCAUCCCUACCAAGCUCCUCCCCCAGGACGGCCCCGAGGCCAGGGGAGUGGGCAGCUUCCCCUACUGUGCGGCAGCCCAAGAGCUAGGGCUGCUGGUUCUGGAGACCUGCCCCCAGAAGAAGCUGGAGUGCAUCGUUCGGGCCCUGCGGGUCACCUGUGCCUGUGCCGAGGACUACUGCCGGGCCCGGGAGCCCACGUCCGAGGCUGGGCCCCAGCCUGGUGUCACCGCCAUCAGUGGUGCUGACGACCUCCUGCCCAUCCUGUCCUUUGUGGUGCUGAGAAGUGGUCUACCCCAGCUGGUGUCAGAGUGUGCAGCCCUGGAGGAGUUCAUCCACGAUGGGUACCUGAUGGGAGAGGAGGGUUACUGCCUUACAUCGCUGCAGAGUGCCCUGCGCUACGUGGAGCUGCUGCCCCCAGGAGCCCUGGGCAGGUAGCAGAGGAGGUUGGCACCCACCAGGGACUAUCCAGGCGUGCCCCCAGUGUGGCCAGCUGUGGUGGGACUAUGCCGCUCUCUCCCCAACCCUGUCCUAACAGCUGCUUCUGGGGGCUCAAGGAGGCUCCUCUGAUCCUUACAGGGUGGGGCUGAGUCAGCUCCCAGAAACCAGGCCCUUCUCCCUCAUUCCCAGCCUCUGAGAGGCUCCAUGCAGGGAAACUGGAGCUGUGGGUCCCCUUAGGCUUGCACACUCCUACUGCCCAGCCCACUGAUGUCUUUCAGGCCCACUGACCCAAGGGCAAAGGGGCCACAGGCCUGGCUGAGGGUAGGUCUGUUUUUCUCCCUUCCUGUGCCCGGUGACUGUCAGAGCCACCUGAGCCAGUUUCUUGUCAGAGUCAGAAAGAGAGCCUGUCCCCGCCAGACCUGGGUCCUAGGUGGUUUGCUGUUUAUUUAUUGGGCAUUCGCCACUCUACUCUCCCGCCGAGGCCCAGGUAUCCCCCUGGGCACCCACUGGUAUCUAGAUGCUUUUGCCUGUGGGCAUCGGACAUCCUGGGACCCUGGCCAAUUCCCACCCCCACAUGUCCCCUUCUGGAUAGUGCAAGCUUGAGGGUCAGCUCCUCCCUGCAGCCCACUGCCCAUUUUGAUUAUCACAUGCCCUUGGGCAGCCACUGACCUGGCCAAAAAUAAAAAGGUCACUGAUGUCUCG